AUGGACACACAAGCAGGAAUAUCUCAGAAGGACAUCUAAUGUUAUCCCCGGAUUGUGACAUAAAAGAUAAUGACAGUAGACCGGAUUCUCCAGGAGCUAACUUCAUUAACCCAAUUAUACAUCCAACUCUAUUUGCUGAUUCUGGGAAAUGUUCUCCUGAUCACUCUGAUAUUGAUGCAUCUGUUACAGCUCUGACAGUAGAUACAGAGUUUCCCUGUUCUAUAGAUGCCAAAUGUUUUACACAGAACACAAAGCUUAUUACCCAUCAGACAACUAAGGCAGGACAGAGGCCAUUUCCAUGUUCUGAGUGUGGGAAAUGUUUUACAUACAAAUCACUUCUUGUAAGACAUGAGAGAAGUCACACAGGUGAGAAGCCAUUUCCAUGUUCUGAGUGUGGAAAAUCUUUUAUACAAAAAUCAGCUCUUGUUAUACAUGAGAGAAGUCACACAGGUGAGAAACCAUUUCCAUGUUCCGAGUGUGGGAAAUGUUUUACACUGAAAUCACAUCUUCUUAGACAUGUGAAAAUCCAUACAGGUGAUAGGCCAUUUCCAUGUUCUGAGUGUGGGAAAUGUUUUAUAGAUAAGUCACAUCUUGUUAGACAUGAGAGAAGUCAUAUAGGUGAGAAACAAUUUCCAUGUUCUGAGUGUGGGAAAUGUUUUCUAGAGAAAUCACAUCUUGUUACACAUGAGAGAAAACACACCGGUGAGAAACCAUUUCAAUGUUCUGAGUGUGGGAAAUGUUUUGGACAGAAAUCAUAUCUUGUUACACAUCACAGAAGUCACACAGGUGAGAAGCCAUUUCCAUGUUCUGAGUGUGGGAAAUGUUUUAUACAUAAGUCACAACUUGUUACACAUGAGAGAAAACACACCGGUGAGAAACCAUUUCAAUGUUCUGAGUGUGGGAAAUGUUUUGGACAGAAAUCAUAUCUUGUUACACAUCACAGAAGUCACACAGGUGAGAAGCCAUUUCCAUGUUCUGAGUGUGGGAAAUGUUUUAUACAUAAGUCACAACUUGUUAGACAUGAGAUAAGUCAUACAGGUGAAGAACCAUUUCCAUGUUCUGAGUGUGGGAAAUGUUUUAUAGUUAAGUCACAACUUAUUAGACAUGAGAGACAUCACACAGGUGAGAAGCCAUUUCCAUGUUCUGAGUGUGGGAAAUGUUUUGUACAGAAAUCAGAACUUGUUACACAUGGGAGAAUACACACAGGUGAGAAACCAUUUCCAUGUUCUGAGUGUGGGAAAUGUUUUAUUCAAAAAUCAAAUCUUGUUCGACAUCAGAGAAGUCACACAGGUGAGAAGCCAUUUUCUUGCUCUGAGUGUGGGAAAUGUUUUAGAUGGAAAACACAACUUGUUACACAUCACAGAAGUCACACAGGUGAGAAGCCAUUUUCUUGCUCUGAGUGUGGAAAACAUUGUUUAAAUAAAUCACAUCUUGUUAUACAUCAGAGAAGUCACACAGGUGAGAAGCCAUUUUCUUGCUCUGAGUGCGGUAAAUGUUUUUCCCAGAAAUCACCACUUGUUACACAUCAGCGAAGUCACACAGGUGAGAAGCCAUUUUCUUGCUCUGAGUGUGGGAAAUGUUUUACACGGAAAUCACAACUUGUUAGACAUCGGAGAACUCGCACAGGUGAGAAUACAUUUCCAUGUUCUGAGUGUGGGAAAUGUUCUGCACACAAAUCAGAUCUUAGAAACCAUGAGAGAAGUCACACAGGUGAGAAGCCAUUUUCUUGCUCUGAAUGUGGGAAAUGUUUUACACAGAAAUCACAACUUGUUACAUAUCAGAGAAGUCACACAGAUGAGAGGCCAUUUCCAUGCUCUGAGAAAUAAAUCAUCUCUUGUUGUACAUAUUAGACUUCAUCAGGUGAGGAACCAUUUCAUUUUCUGGAGUAUACUUAUUAUUGCCAUACGUUGUUCUUCAAGGUUCUUAUCCUAUCUCCUAUGCUAUUUGCAAUAUACAUGUUACCACUGGGUGAAAUAAUCAUAUGUCAUGCCCUCAUCUACCACUGCUAUGCAGAUGACCUGUCUCUUGCUCCGGGUACUGAGAACCCAGUACCAAACCUAAAUGGUUGUGUAGCUGAGCUCCAGGUGUGGGUGAUGCCAGUUGGCUGUGACUCAGUCCUGGUGAAACAGGUCCUUAUGAUAGAAGCUCACCAAUAAAUGGCAGGGCUACAGCUCAGCUUUACUACCAAUCAGACGCCACAUAACACCCAUUCUCUGUUCCCUUCACCGGCUGCCUGUAAGAUGGUAACUAUUACAUAAUCUUACUGACUCUCCCAGCCCUACAUGACCACGGACCAUGGUACCAGAAGCAGCUUCUAACUCCUUACUGCCCUGCUUUCUUACUUCCAUCUGCAGAUGAAGGUCUGUUACCAGCAGUACCAAGAAUCCCCAAGCAGUGCUGAGAUGUCAGAGGGGAGACAGGGUGGGUGGCACUAUUGCUGUAUCAGUGGCACUGUCUGGGUAAUAUCCCCAAGCAGAGCUGAGGGGGUACUCAGGGUGGCUGGCAGUAGUGGGGACUGCAGGAGGCAGUGUCUGUGAGACUCUUGUCCUCAAGCAGAGUUAAGGUGUCAGAGGAGGAGACAAGGUGGUGGCAGAAGCGGAAGAAGACAGGGCAGUGGCAGUAGUGGGCUGAGACAGGGAGGGUUGCAGUAGUGGGGAGAGACGGUGGUGGCAGUAGUGGGGGCAGACAGGGUGAGUGGCAGUAGUGGAAGGAGACAGGGCAGGUAGCAAUA